AUGGCUUCAUCAUCAUCCUCCUCCUCCGUCUCCCCCUACCAAUCCCUCACAAAGUGGCUCUCAUUGAAGGUCUACCAAGUGGAGGUGACAUAUAGCGUCUACAUCUUCACGCCGCUCGAGAAGUUCAUCUUCUGGUCUGUCGUCUUCCUCCUCUUCUCCCUGACCGCCAUCGCCACCAUCCUCUACCUGCCGCACCACAUCAUGUUCCUCGCCGGCCGCGCCUGGUUCUACAUCCACGGCGACUCGGCCGUCGAGGCCGCCCGCGAGACCGCCCGCUCCCUCGCCCAGCACGUCGCCGCCACCACCCCCACCGCCAAGGCCAUCGCCACCGAGACCGCCAGGGCCGUCGCGGAGGGCGUCGGCAAGGUCGAGCUAUAG